AUGGCGUCACGGAAGCUGAUGCAGGAGGUGGAGAAGUGCUACAAGAAGGUAGCGGAGGGAGUGGAAGAGUUCAACUCCAUCUACGAAAAGAUUGAACAGUCGAAUAACCCAGCCCAAAAGGAGAAGCUUGAGGACCAGCUAAAACGUGAAAUCAAGAAGCUGCAGCGUUUGCGGGAUCAAAUCAAGACAUGGGCGGCUAGUAACGACGUCAAGGAUAAGGACCGCUUGAUGGAGAACCGGAAGCUUAUAGAAACGCAAAUGGAAAAGUUCAAGGCUGUUGAAAAAGCAAUGAAGACGAAAGCCUACUCGAAAGAAGGCCUGUCAGCGGCGGCCAAGCUCGAUCCCAAAGAACAAGCCAAGGUGGAAACCUGCGAGUUCCUCGGAAACAUGGUCGACGAGCUCGAACACCAAGUAGAAUCCCUGGAAGCCGAAAGCGAGUCGAUACAAGCGACGAUGAAGAAGGGCAAGGCCAACAGGGACAAGGCCGAGCGAGUGGCCGAGAUUGAGCGAAUAAUCGAGAGGCAUAAGUGGCACCAGGGAAAACUCGAACUGGUCCGGCGUCUUUUGGAGAACGGCAAUCUCGAGACCGAGCAGGUGAAGGAUAUUGAGGAAUCCAUCCGGUACUACGUCUCCGACGGCAUGAACGAGGACUUUAUGGAGGAUGAGGAGAUGUACAUCGACCUCAACCUCGAUCAUGAGGAGGACGUCUACGGCAUGAAUCUGGAUAACGAGAAGGGCUCGACCGAGGACACGAGGUCUAUACAAGAUGACUUGGCAUCUGAAUUCGAGCCGAAAAUCACCGGAAAGCCCAGAACCGCCGCCGAGAGCGCCAUCGCGAACGCAACCGGUCGUCGUCCGUCGACGCAACUCAAAUCUCCGUUACCAACACUCGCGACGUUACAUACUCCCAUACCAUCGGGUGGUGCGGGCGCAUCUGGCUCUCUACCCAUGAAGCCUGCGGCGUUACCGACAAGACCGCCCGGCGAAGGGCUCAAGUACGCCUCUGCUGCCGCCGCCGCUGCGGCGAGCGACAAGAACAACGUCGGUAUUGCGCCGUUACCGCCUCCACCCAAUGCGGCGGGAGUACCCGUCAAUGUCGGCAUCAGCCCUCUGCCCUCUGCGGCGCAGCAGGCGAGAUCUAGCGCUGCUAGCUCACCUGCCUUGAUGAUGGCGCAACCUGCGUCGAGCUCGGUGUAUCAGGCACAGGCGGCGCAAAGUCAGGGAAGCUCGAGUGCGGGCCACACGCCAGCUUCGAUAAAGGCAACUCCUGUACCAGUCGCCGCGGCGAGCUCGCAAAAGGAGACUACGAAGCCUUCUCGUGCGGCUGGAAAGGCUCCGGCCGAGCCAGUCAAGGCUCCAGCACCCCACGUCAACGGCGUCAACGGAAUCAAGCCCAUCGAAGAAGAAGCCGAAGAAGAAUCCCGCUUCCACCUUCCCGCCUGCCUAAACGACCUCCUCGAGUCCUACGAGCUCUCGCGGAAGCGCCCCGCGCCGGCCGCCUCCCCCGCCUCCAUGCGCAUGCUCGCCAUGUCCCAAGCCACGGCCCCCGACGCCACCGACGCCGACCUCCCGCGCACCUACCGGCCCGAUUCCCGCCUACCCUUACCCUACUCGACCUUCCCGCAGACGCCGCUGCCCAUCUUCGACGACCCGCGGCUCUACGGGAAGAUCGACCAGGACACGCUCUUCUACGUCUUCUACUACAAGCAAGGGACGCAUCAGCAGUAUCUGGCCGCCAAGGCGCUGAAGGACCAGAGCUGGAGGUUUCAUAAGCAGUAUCAGACUUGGUUCCAGAGGCAUGAGGAGCCGAAGAGCAUUACGGAGGAGUUUGAGCAGGGGACCUAUCGCUUCUUUGACUAUGAGAGCACAUGGAUGAACCGACGGAAAGCAGACUUUAAGUUUGCGUAUAAAUUCCUCGAGGACGACAUAUAA